AUGUAUUGGACUUCUUUGCCGCUGCUAUGCAGCUCUCUGCUCCCUUUGGUGGCUGGCGCCGUCGCCACAGAUAAACACUAUGCCAUCAUGGACAAUGAUUGGUACACGGCUGGAUUCGUGCCGUAUCUGAUUGCCCUCGAUGGAGACGUGGACGUUCUGGCCCUCGCGUCAGAUACCGCGAACUCUUGGCAACCUCAAGUAGCGCUCCACGCCGUUGCAACUCUAGAAGCUGGCAAUCUGAGCUGCAUCCCCGUUUACCCUGGUGCUACUUGGCCAUUGAUCAAUACUCCUCAGCGCUUCCAGGCAUGGGAGACCAUCCACGGCAAGCUUCCCUGGGAAGGAGCGUUUGCGCCGUACAACGAGACCUACGAGGCCGAGGGUAACGAUCCUACUUCGGGAAACCCAAACAGAAUUGUCAAGUCGGCCUUCAAGGAGGGUUUCCCGAAGGGCAAACCAAACAACUCGACUUCCGCUGCAAACUUCAUGGUCGAGAUGGUGCAUAAGUACCCCGGCCAGGUGUCCAUUUACUCUGCUGGAGCUCUGACCAAUGUGGCCCUGGCUGUUCGCAUGGAUCCUGAAUUUGCAUCGCUCGCCAAGAACCUGGUGAUCAUGGGCGGUUAUGUUGAUCUCAACAUGCUCCAAGUUACCGGGAGUAUCAUGCUGGCUGAUUAUCAGUCCGAUAUCAACCUGAUGAUCGACCCCGAAGCUUCCAAGAUCGCCCUGACAGCCGAUUUCUCCGAGAUCAUUAUCGCUGGCAACGUCGCGAACCAGGUUUUCCCUACCCAGGAGUUUGUCGACGAGAUCAAGACAGCCGGAAACCCCUACAGUGAGCUCUUCGCCAACUACUACGAUCUUUCCUUCCCCUUCUGGGAUGAGACUGCUGCAGCUCUGAUGGUCGAUCCUUCUCUCGCUGUCAACCAGACCACAGUGUAUCUGGAUGUCGACACUUCCUAUGGUAGUCCCAGUUACGGCAACAUUCACGUCUAUCAGAAGGCUCUUGCGCCUGCUGGUAUUCGUAAUGUGACUUAUGUCUUUGAGGUUGAUGCUGACAAGCUGAAGCAACGGAUUAAGCAUUCGCUUAUGCAUCCUAAGUCCUGCGCCGACUUGUAG